AUGGGGUCACUGGUGCAGUUGGAAUCGGGGUCAGCACCAGUGCAGCCAAAAUUGGGAUCACCAUUGGCGCAGCCAAUACCAGCCUACGAGGUUCUCAGAGUACCGCACAGACGGACCUCUUUGGUCUGGCUCGGCGGCGUCGUUUCUUACUUUGUUCUCCAUUCCAUUCUCAGUUACUACGGCAACCGAUCCACCUAUAAACUUAGGCGCCACCGUCCUUUCAUCCUUGCUGGGGCCGUUGCCAUCAACAUAUCUCUUUUGACGAUUGGCUUCAUCGUAGACAUCAGCAACGCCUUUGGAGACAUCCUCUUGGAGAAAACUCGGCCAUGCGCCAUAGCCAUUUUUGGGAUUGGAUUCUGGAUUAUGGAUACGUUGAUCAACAUAAUUGAGGUCCCCUGCAAAAACUUCCUUGAAGACCUUGCCGCCAGCGACCAACGGAAGAUCAGACUGGUAUACACGUUCUUUUCAUUCUUCAUAGAAGCGGAAAGUGUGCUGGGUUACUUCGCCGCAUUCCUUAGGAGAUUCGGGGAUAUGUUCCCAUUAACAGUGACAAAAGCAUGUGACCGGUUCUACACGUGGUAG